UCUGGUUAGUAGAUCAGUCGACGGGCAAGUUUCCAAUCGAGAGGAUCAUAUUCGGAUUGGUGUCGCCGGAAGCAUAUUUGGUUAACGCUGCAACUCAGCCAGUGAUUGAGAAGUGUUACAGAACUUUAAAGUUUGAAAAUGAGUGUGCAAAGUGAAACAGCGGAAGUAAAGGCAAAUGGACAACUCAAUGGAUCCGGUCGCACAGAGGACCUCAAAAUAGCCAUUAUCGGACAGAGCAACUUUGCAGCCGAAGUGAUGGAAGUGCUACUCGAACACCACCACAUCGUGGUGGGUGUUUUCACAAUCGCUGACAAGGGCAACCGAGAGGAUAUCUUAGCCACAACAGCCCGCCAGUACGGUAUUCCGGUGUUCAAAUUCAGCGCAUGGCGAAGAAAAGGAGUUCCGAUUCCGGAGGUUUUGGAAAGGUACCAAUCGGUGGGAGCCAAUUUGAAUGUUCUGCCGUUCUGUAGCCAAUUCAUACCGAUGGAGGUGAUUGACGGAGCAAAGUUCGGAAGUAUUUGCUAUCAUCCGUCGAUUCUGCCUAGACAUCGAGGAGCGAGUGCUAUAUCGUGGACGCUGAUUGAGGGGGACAGUACAGCGGGAUUCUCUAUUUUUUGGGCUGACGAUGGGCUGGAUACGGGACCGGUGCUACUACAGAGACAAUGUCCUGUUUAUGGUGAAGAUACACUGGAUUCGUUGUACAAAAGAUUCCUCUAUCCAGAAGGUGUGACGGCUAUGGCCGAGGCAGUGGAUAUGAUCGCUGAAGGAACGGCACCUAAAAUACCACAAACCGAGAUCGGUGCCACCUAUGAUCCGGCUUUGUUCCGGGAAGAAAACCAAUAUAUCAACUUGAAUCAAUCGGCGGAUCGGAUCUUUAACUUCAUCAGAGGACUGGAUUCGGUCCCUGGUGCGUUGGCAGUAAUUGAAGGAGAUGAUGGCAUUGAGACUCCCGUUCGAUUGUAUGGCGCAUCACUGUGUGGUCCUGUGGUGCUGGAUAAUGCGAAACCACUUCGUUUCAAGGGAGCUUCGGGUCAAGCAUUCGUUGAUCGAGAGGGGAUAUUUCUGAAAGGAACUGACGGUCGAUUAGUCAAGGUUAAGCGAUUGAAGAAAGGUAGUAAGAUGAUACAGGCCGGCCAAUGGUUUGCACAAGCAGGGAAGAAAGUGGUUCCACUGGAACUGGACGAACGGGAACUUGAAAUGGAAUGUCUUCUGCGAAAUAUCUGGAAAGCUAUUUUGAAAGUGGAAAUCGAGCCUGAUACUGACUUUUUUGCGUGUGGGGCCGGCUCAAUGGACGUGGUUCGAUUGGUAGAAGAGGUCAAAGAUGCUCUUGAAGUUCCUCUGGAGAAUGAACACGUUUUCAUGGCUCCUACUUACGCGGAAUUCUUGAAUGAAAUCGUCACAAAAUCUCGAAGUGGCUCUAGCGAUGCAGGUGUCGGACUCGUAUACGAUGCUGUAGUGAUACGCGAGAACAAGAAGGUCAUUUCCGUCCCUACUCAAAUGUUCGUCAACGGACAGUUCAUUGACGCGGAGAACAAGAAAACGCUAGAUAUAGUAAACCCAACGACGGAACAAAUCAUCUGCAAAGUAGCAGCAGCCUCCCGAAGUGACGUGGAUUAUGCAGUCAAUUGCGCCUACGAAGCAUUCAAGGGUUCAUGGAGUCAGAUAUCAGCUAGAGAAAGAGGCCAACUCAUGUACAAUUUAGCGGAUAUGAUGGAACAACACAAAGAAGAGUUAGCGACUGUCGAAUCGGUGGAUUCGGGAGCAGUCUAUACGCUAGCAUUGAAGACCCACGUUGGCAUGUCGAUUGAUGCAUGGCGUUACUACGCUGGAUGGGCUGAUAAAAUUGAAGGUUCAACGAUCCCGGUGAAUCCUGCCAAACCAAACCAUGUACUAACUUUCACCAAGAGGGAGCCAAUAGGCGUCUGCGGAUUGAUCACUCCCUGGAAUUAUCCACUGAUGAUGCUGUCGUGGAAGAUGGCUGCUUGCAUAGCCGCUGGAAAUACUGUAGUUAUCAAACCUGCCCAAGUAUGUCCGCUAACGGCGCUGAAGUUUGCGGAACUAACCGUUAAGGCUGGGUUUCCUCCGGGAGUUAUCAAUGUAGUCACAGGAAGUGGAUCGCUGGCGGGUCAAGCGAUUUCCGAACAUCCUCUGAUACGGAAGCUUGGUUUCACCGGAUCAACACCGAUCGGAAAGAAGAUCAUGGCAUCCUGCGCAGAAUCCAACAUCAAGAAGUGCUCGAUGGAACUGGGUGGAAAAAGUCCUUUGAUUAUAUUUGCUGACUGCGACCUGGACAAGGCGGUUCGACUUGGAAUGUCCUCGGUGUUUUUCAACAAAGGUGAAAACUGCAUAGCUGCUGGACGGCUAUUCGUGGAAGAUGUGAUUCAUGACGAAUUUGUGCGGAAGGUUGUGAAAAAUAUUAAAACCAUGACGAUUGGGGAUCCGCUGAAUCGGGGAACGGCACAUGGACCUCAAAAUCAUAAGGCACACCUGGAUAAGUUGGUGGAGUAUUGUGAGAUUGGAGUCAAAGAAGGUGCCAAGUUGGUUGUUGGCGGCAAACGAGUGCCGAACAGAAAAGGCUACUUCUUCGAACCGACCGUGUUCACUGACGUGGAAGAUCGUAUGUUCAUCGCUCAGGAGGAAUCGUUCGGUCCGGUAAUGGUCAUUUCCAAGUUCCACAGUAGUGAUUUCGACGCCUUGGUUCAAAGGGCCAACAAUACGGAGUAUGGCUUAGCUAGCGGAGUGUUUACCAAAGAUAUCCGGAAGGCUUUGCUGUUUGCGGAGAGAGUAGAAGCUGGAACAGUAUUCGUGAAUACGUACAAUAAGACCGACGUUGCUGCUCCUUUCGGAGGUUUCAAACAGAGCGGAUUCGGGAAAGAUUUAGGGAAAGAAGCUUUGAAUGAAUAUCUCAAAACUAAAUGCGUAACAGUGGAGUACUAAAACGCUUCCUGGAGAUUGUGUUAUCUAUACCAAAUAUUUAUAGUGGAUUUAGGUAUAUAUAAGAAACGCGUGCAUUUACUACCAUAUUUAAGACACUACUUACUGUAAGUUAAGAGAAAUUACAAAUCAGUUCGCAUAAAAGUUUCCUAA